AAUCUCCUUCUCCAUCUUGCCCUGCGAUGCUAAAAUAAGCAUCAUCCACGCUAACUUGAGCCGCCCGCGCGCAUUUUAAUCCAUACCCACCAAACCACCAUCAUCAAAUCAUGCCAAGCGCUCUCAAACUCACAAAUUUCUUCAUUCUCCACGCCCAUAAACCCUACAGAUUGUUCGCCAAUUUACCCUCUCCCUCCUACGCCGCCGCCGCCGUCGAUUCAAGGAAUAUCCCGCGGCUCAGCUAUCUCUCCAGCUGGCGGUGCAGGACAACAACCCUAUUCCACACCCCCUCGCGCAUUAGCCCCGCCCCCAAAUUCUCCCGCGGCCUGAAUCACGGCCAGAAUCUCUGCUUCUACACAUCCGAUUCCGGGAAAUACGGCCAUUUUGAUCGCGGCAGGAGCGAUAAUUUGGGGACUCCAAUGGGGGCCGCUGUUGAUGGAAAGGUGGAGACCGAAACUCGCGAAGAAUCAGAUUUUCCGACGCCGCCGCUGAGCCACGGCGAGAAAUCGCCGCGAAAGUCGUCGAAAUUGCUCACAUUGCCUACCAUCCUGAAGAUCGGCCGCGUCGCUGCCAUAUCGAUUCUCGUUUACACUUUUUAUGUCGAAAGUUGGUGGGGACCAUCAACAACAGUAGGAAUUUUUGUCGCAGCUACCAAUACCGAUUGGCCUUAUGAUUCUCGCUCAAAAGUUUUGGUGUAACAGAUGAAAUUGGGUACUCCAUUUGGGGCAUUUUUGGAUCCAGUGGCUGAUAAGCUCAUGGUUGCUACUACCUUGAUCUUGUUGUGCACUAAGCCCCUUAAAGCUGGUAUAUUUGGCCAUGGACCAUGGCUAUUGACUGCCUGCAACUGCCAUAAUCUGUAGAGAGGUAACAUCUUGAAUAUAUGUUUCCUUAAUUGCUAUUUCAACUGAUUGGCUGAGAUCCUUAAUCCUUAUGCUAUAAUUUCAAGUACGAUUGGACCUUAGGAUUAAGAUAUUUUAAGGUGGGGAAUUGCAAAGUUGGUAAGCGUUGGAGCAUGUAUUUACACCCCAUCCCUCUUGGUUAUUCUUUUGCAUCCUCCAGAACUGCACUGUCCAUUUAGUUAAAGCUUAAUAUUGAAUCCAUAUCAAACUUCCCUCUGCGUUGGAGAUGAUUUACUCAAUUUCACAAGGUCACCCAUCAUGCUAUGGCCUGACAGGCCUGUGGAAUAAAUACUAUCUAGAAUUGCUGAGUCUUUGUUUUCCUUGCUCUUAAAGAAUCUAUAUCCAGCUUUUGUCGUGGAAAUUGUUGUAGAUAUAAAGUCCUAGGUUGAUUAUAUCAAAGUAAAAAAAGGGGAUGUAUUGUUGUAUAUACAAUUUACCCAAUUGCAUAAUGGUUUUCCAUUUUGGAUUAUGAAACGAAAUUAUAUGAAUGAUCGUAUCUGAAGCUCAUUUCCUUUGUAGUGUUACAUAAUACUACAAGUUGGUGUAAUUUGUCAUGUAAAACACAUCUAUUACGAAGAAAAAUAAAAGGACACAGAGGCGACGAGCAGAAUUAAUUGCUUCAUAUAUCUACUAGUUUGGUUUUACAAAUAAUCCCUAUAUAUGUGACGUUUUGGUCAACCUUGAAAACUUCUUGCCAAUUAUGUGUUAAACUGUCUGGUUAUACCUUUUAUCUUUAGUUUGAGAAUUAGUCGAAAGCUGAAAUAUUCUCUUCUUCCUCGAUUGAUGGAACUCAAUAUUUACUUAGUCUUUAAUCAUUCGGCUAAUCACAUAUUCUCAUGCAUUAACAAGUCUCUCAAAAUCAUUACCGUUGUACAUUACCAUGUCGGCAGUCAGGGAAUGGGCUGCUUCUCGGGACAAAAAGCUUUUAGAGGCUGUUGCUGUUAAUAACUUGGGAAAAUGGAAAACUGCCACACAGAUGAGUGCAUCGACUAUCCUUUUGGCUGCCGGAGAUGCAAGGUCUUCUUUUUUCUUUGAUGCAAUUUUCAUGUACAUACUCCAUACGCGUCGAAUACGUCUCUGGUCCUCUUCUCUUUCUCUCUGCAGCUUUGUAGGGGACGGAACUCUUGUUUCUUCUGGGGUAGUGUUACUCUAUAUUUCAGCCUGCCUCUCCUUUUGGUCAAUGGUAGUUUAUAUCAAAAAGAUAUGGCGACUGCUAAUACUGUAGUGCUCUUAACCAUGCUUAAUAAUUUUAUAUAGAGAAGUCUGAAAUGCCACGGAGCAAGACCAAGACGAAGACCAAGAGUUGCGAAUGGACACCAAUUUUGAUUGCUACUGUUGUGCAACUACUACAGCACUCCCCCCCUGCUUAAACUGGUACACUAGCUACACACUUCUUCAUCUCUGAAUUUUGGUAAUAUUCCAAUUUCAAUUCCAAUUCCAAUUCCAAUUUCAAUUCCAAGCUAUCCGCGCCUUUUAUCUCAUCUCCCACAGACGCAUCACUGAUGCAGACGAGUUUGUAGUGUUAGCAACAGGCGGGGUAACUAACUAACAUCUCAUUUUCCAGAUAUUGUUUACCCUACAUUUUGUUUGCACAACAGGUUUGGGAGGUGCUCACGAAAAAGGAGGUGGUAAAUAAAGUAGAAGAAAUAAUAAAGUAAGAAAGAGGGGAGAAGGUAAAAUAAAAAGAAAGAAUAAAGUAGGUGUGAUUAGAUGUUUUGUUUUUAGCUAAAAAGAUAAAUGAUUAAGUAAUUUGGGAUAAUCCAAAAUGAAACUUGAGACUGAAGGAAUAUAGCGUUGUAUUUAUUCUAUUCUUUUGUCUAUAUAAUACAACAACUAGGAAAUUAAAUUAGUUACUGUAUACGUCAACUAUUUGAUUUUUUUUAUGAUAAAGUGAAUAUAGAUGAUUGUAAUUUUUAUU